ACGUUAGGAGUAUCGCAUAUGUUCAUUUGGAAUUGAAAAUGGGGGGGGGGAUAAUGAUUUGAAUAAUGCCGCUCCGUGUCGCUGCUCACGCGCGGACGUGGAACUCGAUCCCACUCACUCGGUGGGGAGGAGGAACAGAACAAAAAAAAAAAAAAGAAAGUCGGGCAGGUGAACUAAUUCAGCGGCGACGUCGACGAGGACAGCGAGGUGGAAGCUGUCACUUGAAUUGUUCUUGUUGUCAUUUGGACGCCGCGUGUGCGUGACGAGUUGAGCACACGGCGGGCAAAAAAAAACCAAAACCCAACAACUAAAAAAAAAACCAACAACUUGGUUGACAGGAUCGGGAGGAGGCAGAGCUCGGCGAAACCUUCAACCCCUCGAAAGAAACAAGCGCUCGCAUUUGUACUUGUUUCUUUUUGUCUUCCGGAAGCGACAAAAGGGAGGAGAAAUAACAUCGAAGUUCUCCAAGCUCGCGGACUUUGAAUCCCGAUCUCCUCGCGUCACGCUAUAGCGCACAGAUUCCCCCCCCCCCCCCCCCCCCCCCCAAAAAAAGCUCCGAGUGCCAAAUGGGGGAGCAGCCAAUCUACACCACCAGGGCCCAUGUCUUCCAAAUUGACCCAACCACCAAGAAGAACUGGGUCCCUGCCAGCAAGCAGGCUGUCUCAGUCUCCUAUUUUUAUGACAGCACACGCAACAGCUACCGCAUCAUCAGCGUGGACGGAUCGAAGGUGAUCAUCAACAGCACCAUCACCCCCAACAUGAUGUUCACAAAGACAUCCCAGAAAUUCGGCCAGUGGGCGGACAGCAGGGCCAACACGGUGUUCGGUUUGGGCUUCAGCUCAGAGCAGCAGCUCGCCAAGUUUGCUGAGAAGUUCCACGAAGUCAAAGAGGCAGCCAAAAUGGCAAGAGACAAAUCUCAGGAGAAGGCGGAGGUGCUGAGUAAUCACUCCCCGGAGUCGGGCCGUGAAACGCCAUCAAGCAACCAGGCUUCCAGCAUUAAUGGCACCGAUGAUGAGAAGAUCUUUCAUGUCGGUCCAGAGGCUGUCCUGCCGAAGAAUGAGAGUGAUCUCCUCAAGAGUACCGUGGAACAGAGCAACACCAACGCCAAGAAGUGGGAAACCGAGCUGCAGACGUUAAGAGAGAAUAACGCCAGGCUGGUGGAUGCGCUGCAGGAGUCCUCGGCUAAUGUAGAGAGCUGGAAGAAACAACUCUGUGCCUGCAAGGAAGAGAGUGACAUGCUCAGGGAGAAGAUUGCGGAGCUUGAGGUUCAGUGCGACGAGGCCAGUCAGGAGAAGCAAAGGAACGGCCAGCUGAGCGUGCGCGUGCAGGAGCUGGAGGCCGAGCUGCACGACAAAGAGCAGGAGCUGGGAAAUUUGCGGAAGCAGGCAGAGAUAAUCCCGCAACUCAUGGCUCAGUGUGAGAGCAUCACUUCCAAACUCCAGACUGCAGAGGCGAAGAACAGAGAGCUGGAGGGGAGGAUCGACGUUCUUCACAUGGACGCGGACGACAGUCGCCAGAAGCAGGGCAACGUCAAGGGCGAGCUGAAGAAGCUCAUGGACGUCCUGGACAUCAAGCUGGACGAGCUGCACGAGUUCCGGCGGGGCCUGUCCCGGCUGGGCAUCGAUAACUGAGCCCGCCGGGCCGCCGUUUACGUCUUCGGGGCACAAACUACUCGUGGUCCACUCUGAGACUAUGCGGGCGCGCUCGGAGGAGGAGCGGAGUCAUACUUUGGAGUUUGUGAUGGGGCGCUGCUGGUGGUGGCGGGUUCUGCUUUAAGGGCUACAAGUAACAACACACAAAGGGAAUGCUGCCGAGUGUCACUCAAGUAAUAAUUGGUGUUAUCGUGAACCCCCCCUCCCGCUCAAGUGUGUCACUUUGUACUUGCAAGACGCGCACCCACCAGACGAAUGGCCGUGACAAUAAGUGCCUCCGGGGGGGCUUUUUGAGGUGAGUCCUCCUGGUGAGGAGAAGCGGCCCAACAUGAAAACCGCCGGCGGUCGUGGAGGGGAACGGCUCAAAGUCAGACGUACGCAAAAUUGCGUGAGCAUUUCUUCCGUAUCCUUCGUAUCAAGCUGAAGGUCCGUCUACAACUAUGCUCUUUGUCCUCACUGGUAAGACCGUUCUGAAAAGUGUACUAGUACACGGACCUCAAACUGGAUAUCAAGGAUAUGGAGUGAAAUGCCGCAGUAGUACUCGUAAGCGGUACUGCAACUUCCCACUAAUUGUCCUUUUGUAAAACCUUUCCGCAGACGGGUACAACUGAUGUCGCCAUAGCUUUCUUCGCCAUCCACAAGUCAUCCAAAAUGAAUCGAAGCCAAUUUCGCAGUCACUUUAAACGACCUGUCGUGCGAGUGUGUGCAAUAGGUUGUUUUUUUGUCUACUUGUACAAGCCUGUUGACGUGCUUCCUUCCACUCAAGCUUUUCUUUUUGUGUGUGUUGGUGGUGGUUUUUGGGGCGCGUUGAGCGUGGUGCUGCUACACGGGCGGAUAAUGUGAACAACAACAACAACAACAACAACAACACGACUACUGAGGGACUUGUGGGUUUUGUCUAUUAUUUAUUUGGGUGCCUCACUCCUAUGUGUUUCUAGUAUGAGCAAAGUCAAUCCACAUGAUGUACAAUAAUAAUAAUAUACGUGAAAUAUACCAAACCUUCUGGCUUCUGAGGUUUUUAUCAGAGCUACUUUGUACAACAGUCUAUUUUUAACUAUUUACAAGAAACACAUGUACUUGCAUCUCUGUCAUAAAAUUGGAAUUUAUUAUUCAAUGUGAAACCAAGACAAACGAAAUGAGCUUUUCCUUUGAACCAAUGACUCUUGUAAACACCUGUGGCGGUGUGGCUUCUCUUCAUUGUACAAUCGAACGUGAUUGUUAAAAGUUAGUUGAAUUACAAUGCUGCGUUGAAGUAAAUAUUUGUUUCUCUCUCUCGCCUCCAUGAGGACCGAGAAGCUUC